CGAGACACUGAAAACAAACACAUUACCAGACAUCAGGUCUACCACAAGACCUAUGACUUCAUAGUGAUUGGGUCGGGAUCGGCGGGCGGACCCGUGGCCUACCGAUUGGCCGCUACACCGGGCGUACGGGUGCUGCUGCUGGAGGCCGGACCCGUCAACUCAGUGGUCAGUGAUAUACCCAUUGAAUACGUGACACUAUUUCAGUCGGAAUACGACUGGAAUUACGCCGAAGAGCGACAGCCCGUGGGUCUGGCCUUCAAAGACGGCCGCAUCCCAGAGAAUAGGGGCCGAGUGUUGGGCGGCUCGUCCUCUAUCAACGCCAUGAUCUAUAAUAGAGGCCAUCGCCAGACGUUUGACGACUGGAGCCGUGAGUUCGGCGCUCAGGGAUGGAGGGUUAUGGCAGUCAUCCUCUUAAUGAUAAUCGCAUACGUGUUUCGGUCGCAAAUCAAGAAAUGGUAUUUCGAAAACUGUGUCCAAAAAUCUGGUCAAAAAACGGGCCCAAAAACGGUUGGACAGCAAAAGAGUGUGCAAACGGGUCGGACACGAGUGAGGGUUCCGGGAGACCUAUCUGUUGAGGAGGACUCCAUUAGUGAUCGGGAGCUGUCCAUCAAAGCCAAUCGCGCGUCAACUGAAGAGUUCAUUCCCGGAGCUAACAAAGACCGCAAAAGUACAAUACCUGAUCCCGUGGGCAAUGGCGGUGGCGGACACACCACUGAAGAU